UGGCUACACUACUAACCCUUACCCGACCCGACAUACUAAUUGGGCCUCUGUUUUAAACACACUUUUUCGAUCUUCUUCUUCUUCUUCUCGGCGUACGACUGUGGUGGAGCUUCAACCUCUGUUUACACAUCUUGAUCGUUCUAGGGUUUACAUACGUAAUCUGUUCAUUCUUCAGAAACAAAAAUGGUGGAAUCUACAAACGGUGCGGCUGAUUUGUCUUCAGAGAUGGAGGUAGAUGCUUUCAGAAGACUGUUCCCCUUGCGAUUUCACGAACGUCAUUUGUUGGAGUCCGUACGUCCCGAUGCCAGACCACUUGGUAAAGCUAGAGAAACUUCAUUGGCUCUAGGGGCAGUGGCAUCUGCAGAUGGAUCAGCACUAGCAAAGAUAGGCUGCACUACGAUGUUAGCUGCCAUUAAAAUGGAAGUCAUGACGCCCGCAAAGGAAACACCAGAUGAAGGCUGCAUAGCCAUAGAUUUCCACAUGCCUGCAAUUUGUUCUCCUAUUGUUAGGCCCGGCAGGCCUGCUGAGGCUGCACCCGUUGUCUCUAAGCAGCUAUCCGAUACCAUCAUAAGUUCCGGGAUGGUUGAUCUCAAAGAGUUGUCGUUGGUCAGUGGCAAAGCUGCUUGGAUGGCAUAUCUGGAUAUAUAUUGUUUGGAUGCUGAUGGUGCGCUUUUCGAUGCUGCCUUACUUGCCGCUGUUGCCGCUUUCUCCCAUUUGCAAAUUCCUGUGGUGUCGUUGAACGAAGAAGGAAGAAUCGUUGUUUUUUCAAAACAAAACGAGGGAGAGAAAUUGAAGAACAAACCAGUAAACGAGGAGAAAAGAAAGCUUAAAUUAAGGAGUAUUCCGUUCGGGUUAACUUGUAUAAUUCACAAGAAUUAUAUUCUAGCUGAUCCAAUAGCUGAGGAAGAAUCCAUCAUGGAAACACUAAUAACCAUUGUAUUGGAUUCUUCGUAUCAAUUGGUCUCUCUUUACAAACCAGGUGGUCCUGCUGUUGCCUAUGAGUCCAUAAUCCAGGAUUGUAUUGCAUUGUCAAGACAAAGAGUAGGAGAGCUUCAGACAAUCCUGAAUGAAGCCAUUUGUGAUAUGGAAGUUGAUUAGCUUCAGCAUAUUAUUUGUUCUUCAUUUUAGCUUCUUUUUUUCCCAGAGCGUCAAGUACUGAAUCCAGAGCGAUGUUCUAUGAUGACUUGUACGUCAUGCAAGGAAGAUUGUUCAUUGCUAAGCUAGGUUUCAGGAUUUUCUCUUAGCUCUGUAAACGGACAGCCUUUAAAUCUUGGAAUGUGGUUUACUUUUGUGGUUAACCUUUUCUUUUUCCCAGAGCGUCAAGUACUGAAUCCAGAGCAAUGUUCUAUGGUUAAGAGUUAUACAGAGUCUGAAUGGUUAAGACAUUUAAUCUGAAUUUGUCAGAUAUUUGUCUCUGAACGGUUAAGCAUUA